AUGAAGUAUUUGCUUUCCCUAACACUGUUUACUGUCACUGCGAUCAACAUAUCUGAAAGUGAAAACUGUAAUACAGAUGAAGCUGAGCAUCGAGCUUUGAUCCAAAAGAACAUCCCUCAUACCUACUGUGUCAAGAUUGAUUUCAAAAGAUCCCCGUUAGGACGACGCUGUACGAUCAGGUCGUACGAAUUUGGCUUUUCGAAAGCAUCAGAGGAAGUGUGUGAAAUGUCACCUGGGAAGAUCACUUGCCAUUGUGCAGGCAACUGCACAGAGGAAAUGGCGGAGAGCGUAGAGCGCAAUGUCUGUAACAAUUACGAAUGGCCGUUUAUCUCGAAAACGNGCGAAGGAGAUGGUGGAGCAACCUUGGAUUUUUCACUGGACACUGCUUCCGACAAGAAUUCGUCUAUCGCUGCUAGUGAAGCUAGUUCUGGUACAACAUUUGAGUUGGAUUAUAAUGAGGCAUCGGGUGGUGUGGCUGUGAACAAUUCAUCCGAGAGUGAUGGCCCAGGAAAUGUUCCAGCGGGUGUAACGGAAUCCGGUGAGCUCAGUAAGUCAAGUGAAUCGGAAGCUAAGGAAACAUCGGAGGAAUCAACGGAGGAACCAGUUACGGAGGAGAACUCUGAACAACCUCCAAACACUGAAUCGGGUGAGGAUAGCCAUGAGGAACAAUCUACCGCUGAUGAAGACCAUGAAACCACUGAAGCCAAUGAUGGCAGUGACACUGAAGAGUCACAUGAUGGUGAAGAUCAUACAGGGACAACUGAUGAUGAAGGUCAGGGAGCGGAUGCCCAGCAAAGUGAAGAGAGCAAGGAGGUUGCCAAGGAGAAGAAAUCUGCUGAGCCGAUCGGCAAUCGUCACUAUUACACAUUAUCGAUUAUCGAUCGAAGUAGAAACACAUUUGUUCAGGAAGGUAUGCAUUUCAAAAAUGGAGUGGUUGCAGUUGCUGUUCUAACCCUUGCAAGAAUCGUACGGAUGGAUCAGUCAGGAGCCGGGAAUGGGGACCCUCCGAUGAUUAUUCCUCAAGAGUUGGAAAGUAAUAUGAAUGUGCCAGUAGGAACGUUGAGAAAAGCUCAAGACGCAUGGGCAACGAAGAUCGGUGGGCCCGUUCUUGGCAAGGUUGUAGGAAAUCUUUUCGGUUCUUCGGUCUCGCGUCGGGUGCCAACCAAAGCGGAUCACUGCUCCACAAAUCGGAUCCGGGAGCUUUCCAGAGGGGACGAAGGUGGUGAAGGGGAGGACGCCUAUAUUCGGCAUGUAGCUACCGAAGAUGCCGCUAAGGCUGCAGAGGCUGCUCGUAUGGACAAAGCUGUCGGCACGUUAUCACAAGCUGCUCAGGAAGCAGAUAAGGUCAUUCGAGGAAUCAUCAUGAAUGAAUCACUGACAAGAAAAGAAAUCAACGCCCUCGUCGCCAGCCAGAUGCAGUUGCUACCACCGAGAGUCUUCAACGAACUCACUGUCGCUCUCCAAUGA